AUGCAUCUGCUCAGGAAUCAGGCCUAUAUCGAUGGCCAGUGGUUGAAAGCGAAUAGUAAUGAUGUUUUUCCUGUGACUAAUCCAGCAGAUGAUUGUAUUAUAGCAGAAGUUCCUGAUAUGGAUGCUUCUGAUGCUCAGAAAGCAAUUGAAGCCGCAUCUAAGGCUUUUAAAACUUGGAGAGAAACCACGGCGAAGGAACGGUCCUUUAUACUGCGAAAAUGGUUUGAUUUAUGUCAAAACAACACUGAUAGCUUAGCAGAAAUCAUAACGGCGGAGUCGGGAAAACCCCUUUCAGAAUCAAAAGGAGAGGUCGCGUAUGGUAAUUCAUUUUUGGAAUGGUUUGCUGAUGCUGCACGACAUGUAAAUGGUGAAGUGCUAUGUAGUCCAUGGCCCAAUAAGCAGGUGAUAGUUACAAGACAUCCUAUUGGAGUUGUAUCUGUAAUAACACCAUGGAACUUCCCUUUUGCCAUGAUAACACGGAAAGUGGGAGCUUUAAUGGCAGCAGGAUGUACUUGUGUGAUUAAACCAUCUGAAGAUACCCCAUUAGCAGCUUUAGCUGCUGUUGAACUUGCCCAACAAGCUGGAGUGCCAAAAGGCGUUAUUAAUGUCAUAACAUCUAGUAGAAAAAAUGCACCAAAUGUUGGCAAAAUAUUGUGUGAAGAUCCCAACAUUGGAUGCAUUUCUUUCACCGGGUCUACACAUGUUGGAAAAAUUCUAUAUGGUAUGGCAGCAAAAGGAGUGAAGAGAGUAUCAUUAGAAUUAGGUGGAAAUGCCCCUUUUAUAGUGUUUGCAAGUGCUGAUAUUGAGAAUGCUUUAGACCAGGCAAUGUUAGCUAAAUUUAGAAAUAAUGGUCAAGCUUGUAUUGGAGCAAAUAGGUUUUUGAUUCAUGAAGAUGUUUAUGACAAAUUUGUUGAUGGCUUUAAAAAUCGUAUCAAGCAGAAAUGUGUGUUAGGUCCGGGCAUAAAACCAGGUGUCACUUGUGGACCUCUAGUAAAUGAAAUGCAAGCUAAAAAAGUAUCAAGUCUAGUUGAUGAAGCAGUUCAGAAAGGUGCAAAGCCAUUAGUUGGUGGUAAAUUUGCUACAAAUCUUGGCAGUAAAUUCUAUGAAUCUACUUUGUUAGUUGAUGUGAAGCCAGAUAUGACUAUAUAUAAAGAAGAGAUAUUUGGACCUGUUGCUGUGUGUCUUAAAUUUAAAACGGAAGAAGAAGUCCUUGAAGUGGCCAACGGCACAAGAAGUGGGCUGGCAUCAUAUGUAUUUACUAGAGACCUAGGACAGGCCUUUAGAAUGUCUCGUAAACUUGAGUUUGGAAUGGUUGCCAUAAACGAUGGCAUUCUCUCAGCUGCAGAACCACCAUUUGGAGGAAUCAAAGAAUCUGGCAUAGGAAGGGAGGGUAGUAAACAUGGUGUUGAAGAAUAUACUGAUAUUAAGUACACUCUAUUUUCUGGUUUGGACAAAUAG